GCGUGACUUUGACGACUGACUAGGUCCAAGCCAGCUAUUCCAGAGGAAGGGGCUUCGAGACGGAUAACUGGGUUCAACUGUUCAAUUCUGUUUUUCCAGCAAGUGGCUUUUUGUGAGGAGUUUUUGUAUGAAGUUCAUUGAGAGAAUGACGAAUUUGUUUAACAACAUUGUAAUGGCUUAAUUUUGUAUUUUAUUUUAUUUAACCUUUAUUUAACUAGGCAAGUCAGUUUAAGAACAAAUUCUUAUUUACAAUGGCGGCCUACCCCGGUCAAACCUGGACGACGCAGGGCCAAUUGUGUGCCGCUCUAUGGGACUCCCAAUCACGGCCGGAUGUGAUACAGCCUGGAUUCGAACCAGCGUGAUGGAGGGAGAGGGCCCAGAAGGAAAUCCCAUCGCUGCCUCGUCUCACUCACUUCCUCUGCAAGCAGAGGCGGUAAGCCCAGCGGAUGAUGAUGGUGAUGAUUGUAUCUCAACACUGGGGACUGGGAGCACUGAAGAAACCGCUACACACACAAACAGCAUGGGCCAGCCGAGUCAAGACCACCAGACUGAAGAGGUCCCGGCUAAGACCGCUACCACAGACAACAGCCAGAGCCAAGCAUUCCUUACUCAGUCCGCCACCACCACGGACGACCAAGCCCAGCAACAACCCACGGAAAGCCUGUCUAACAGUAAACUCUGUGGGUACCUCCUUAAACAAGGAGGUCCCCUGAAGACAUGGAAGUCGCGCUGGUUCACGUACGAGGUGAAGAAGAGACAGUUGUUUUACUACAGGACGGCGCUGGAUGUGACCUCUCUGGGGAGAAUCCAGCUGUGCAGCGCCACGCUCGGAUACCCCCUCCAAGGAGAGCAGGGCACCUUUCACAUCCAGACCCCCGAACGCAUCUUUGUCCUCAAGGCAGCUAACCAGGAGGCCAUGAUGUACUGGCUACAGCAGCUGCAGCUGAAGAGAUGGCAGCACCGAGACCAGCUGACAGGAGAAUCCACAAGCCACUGCACUGACCACAAGAGACCAGAGGGACAGGGGGAACUACCCACCACCUGCACAGAUUACUUCCUGCCCAAGGUGAAGACCCCGCCAGGCCUCAUAGGCGAGGAGGCCGCCAAUCUUCCCGCGCCACCACAACGGAACCCCCUAAGCAACUUUUCCAUCAAACACCCUCUGAUAGAGAUACAGAACUCAGUGCACAGUCUGUUUUCCAAGCGGUCCUCCCUGGAGCGGAGUCGGAGUGUGUUCCAUGUGGAGGUGCCUCUUCCCUGGAACCCACUGAACCCCUCAAAGACUCCCUCCCAGACAGCCCACAACAGGCUUGAGUGUAUAGGUCCUAGGACUUCCGUUGACCCCCUGACCCCUACACCCCUGCUGCUGUUGGUGGACCCCAGGGACCAGCUCUCCCCUGUAGAGGGCAGGUCGUGCCCAUUGCCGUCCCCAUCCCCGAGGAGCAGGAAGAAGACGAGGGGAAGCUGUGCCACCAUGCCUGCGGUGCUCCGGGAAGCUCCUUCAGAAAGCGCAGACAGGACGACCUGCCUCCAGCACGAGAAGCACAUACUGGAUGAGGACGUCAAGGCCCAGAAGGAACUGGUGUGGCUCCUACACAAGGCCCUGGAGGUGGCUCAGCUGGAGAAGCGGACGUGCACAGAGUUCCUGGCGGCCGAGGGCGAGCAGGAGCGCCUGGAGCUGCUGAGGCACUACGAGCGUCACGCCGCUGACCUACGAGGCCGCUUGUUGGAGCUGAAGGCCGAGGGGGAAGACCUGAGAACGAGCCUAGCCCAGAGGGACGCCCACGUGGCCGAGCUGCAGGAGAACGUGACCCUGAUGAGGAAGAAGAACCACGCAAAACAGGAAGUGAUCCUGAAGCUGUUAGAGAAGGUGUCAGCCUGCUUGGCCGACCCUACACGCACAGUGUCCACCACCAACGGCCUGGAGGCCCAGACCUUCCGCCAGUUAAAUGAGGACACAGAGAACCUCAAGGAUGAUAUUGAGGCCUACAAGAUCCAGAACAAGUUCCUGAACUCUGAGAUCUACCAGUUGACCAAGCUAUGGCUCAACAGUUCCGAGCAGGAGAAAAGCCUUAUGGUGAAGUGUGCAUACCUGGAGGCUCGUAACUGUCAGAUAGAGAGUCGUUAUCUGGGCGUAUUGGGGAAGCUGCAGGAGAACAAGGUUCUAGAACCGGGCCAGCGGGAGGCUGUGAGGAAACUACAAGGAGAGGACCCACUACAGGGAGACCUGAAUGACGUGCUCAAACUCAACCCUGUCAGGGAGCACGACGAGUACGGCUUCAAGAUCAUCCCAGACUACGAGGUGGAGGACAUAAAACUGCUGGCCAAGAUCCAGGCCCAGGAGAUCCGCUCCCACAGCCUGCUGAGGCAGGAGGCCGGGGACAGACUCUUGCUGGGCCGCUGGGCUCAGUAUCUGGGGGGCCGCCCGGCCGACAACCUCUGCCCCUCUUCGGAGCUCAAAAGCCUUCUGCGGGGCGGCGUGCCGUGCGAGUACCGCCCACGGGUGUGGCGCUGGGUGGUGAGGGUGCGCACACGCGCGCUAUGGGAGCGCCACCCAGAUCGCUACCAGCAGCUGUGCCAGAAGAGCCUUACAUCGCCCCACCAGGCCUCCAGACAGAUCCAGUUGGACCUGUACCGCACUCUCACCACCAAUCAGCACUUCUCCUCACCCUCCAGCCCCGCCCUGCAGCAGCUCCAACGAAUCCUGCUGGCCUUCUCCUGGCAAAACCCCACCAUCGGCUACUGCCAGGGCCUCAACAGGCUGGCAGCCAUAGCUCUCCUGGUGCUGGAGAGUGAGCAGGAUGCCUUCUGGUGUCUAGUAGCUGUGGUGGAGGCCAUCAUGCCCCAGGACUACUACACCAAAACGCUCAUAUCCUCGCAGGCAGACCAGUGUGUGCUAAAGGACUUCAUGGCUGAGAAGAUACCCCGGCUGGCGGCUCACUUUGAGGAGCAUAGCGUGGACGUGUCCCUCAUCACUUUCAACUGGUUCCUCGUGGUGUUCGUAGAGAGCCUGCCCAGCGAUAUCCUCCUGCGAGUGUGGGACGCCUUCCUCUAUGAGGGUACCAAGGUGAUAUUUCGGUAUGCCCUGGCUCUGUUCAAGUACAAAGAGGAGGACAUCUUGAAGAUCCAUGACAGCGUGGAGAUCUACCAAUACCUGCGCUUCUUUGCCAAGACCAUCUCUGACGGCAGGAAGCUGACCAACAUUGCCUUCAGUGACAUGAACCCGUUCCCCAUGAAGCUGUUGAGGAACCGGCGUGCGCUGCAUCUGGAGCGCCUGCAGGGGGAGCUCAGAGAGCUGGAGGCCCAGCAGAGAGAGUUUGUCACAGAGAGCGCACAGCGCAAGGACUUGGACACUAUACUGGUCAGCGAGGACGAUGAGGAGCUGUAGUGACCAUUAGGGACUCUGGACAGAGAGGGAUGGUGAUGAAUCCUGUGGACUUACUAGGCAACGGGUUUGAAAUGCCACCUUGUAGAACAGCGUUUCUCAAACUCAGUCCUGGGGCCCGUUUUGCACUAGCACUACACAGCUGAUUCAAAUAAUCAAAGCUUGAUGACGAGUUGGUUAUUUGAAUCAGCUGUGCAGUGCUCGGGCAAAAACCAAAACGUGUAUCCUUUGGGGCCCACGGGACUGAGUUUGGGUAACGCUGUUGUAGACUACGGAAGGGCCAUCUUGUUAGUGGCCCAGCUGGUACAGAUUUGACCCAGGAUACAUUUGUUUUAUGCCUUUAAGGUAAAUAAUGUCAGUUAUGGUCAAGAACACUAAACCUGACCAACCAUAUUCUCACUGAAUCAUUAUUAGUAUUUACUGUAUAUGCACUGCCAAAGGGAAUUAAUGCCAAAGACAAUUUACUACAGUAGGUAUUUCAAACUAUGGUCAUGUAGAGUUUUAUACAUUUCAAUUGCAUAUUUUGUCAUGAACUUUGUAGCUACACAAGUGUUAUGAAAUGUAAUAUCAUGUAUAAUUUUAAAUGGUAUAUAACUGCCCUAUGUGCCCAAAAGUAUGUGGAUUCAACUAUUUCAGCCACACCUGUAUAAAAUCAAAAACACCGCCAUGCAAUCUCUAUAGACAAACAUUGGCAGUAGAAUGGCCUUACUGAAGAGCUCAGUGAUGUUCUACAUGGCACCGUCAUAGGAUGCCACCUUUCCAACAAGUCAGUUCGUCAAAUUUCUGCCCCAGGUCAACCGUAAGUGCUGUUAUUGUGAAGUGCAACCCUCACUACCGGAGUUCCAAACUGCCUCUGGAAGCAACAAGAACUGUUCGUCGGGAUCUUCAUGAAAUGACUUUCCAUAGCCGAGCAGCCGCACACAAGCCUAAGAUCACCAUGCGCAAUGCCCAGCAUCAGCUGGAGUGAUGCAAGGCUCGCCACCAGACAACACAUUCUCUAGAGUGAUAAAUCAGGCUUCACCAUCUGGCAGUCCGAUGGCUGCCAGGAGAACACGACAUGCCCAAAUACAUAGUGUCAACUGUAAAGUUUGGUGGAUGAAUAAUGGCCUAGGGCUCUUUUUCAUGAGUCGGGCUAGGCCCCUUAGUUCCAGUGAAGGGAAAUCUUAACUCUACAGCAUUAACACUUACAUUCUAGAUGAUUCUGUACUUCCAACUUAGUGGAAAUAGUUUGGGGGAAGGCCUUUUCCUGUUUCAGCAUGUCAAUGCCCCCGUGCACAAAGCGAGGUCCAUACAGAAAUGUUUGUCAAGAUCGGUGUGGAAGAACUAGACUGGCCUGCACAGAGCCCGGACCUCAACCCCAUCUAACACCUUUGGGAUGAAUUGGAAUACCGACUGCGAGCCAUGCUUAAUUGCCCAACAUCAGCGCCGACCUCACUAAUGCUCGUGGCUGAAUGGAAGCAAGUCUCCGCAGCAAUGUUUUAACAUCUAGUGUAAAAGCUUUCCUAGAAGAGUAGAGGCUGUUAUAGCAGCAUAUCAAUCAAAGAUGUUCGACGAGCAGGUGUCCACAUACGACAUGGCCAAAAGUAUGUGUACAGUACAAUUAAGACAGUGAACGACAAGUGUACAUUUCCCAAUUUAUUACCUUUAUCUUUAACAAAUAUACAUAAAUAAUAAAUAUAAAAAUCAAACAUU